AGAUCCGAAGUACAUUUUCGCUUGGCUUUUGACAUGAAAAAACCCUAUAACGCAAUAUAAACGUUUCCUAUUCUCAUAUGCACUAGGUACACUUGUUGUGCUUUUAUCUUAAACCUUUAAGUGGCGGCGCACCCAGUGUUGUUGCAUCAUCAUGAUGUUGGAACAAAAAAAGGUUUUUAAUUGAAUAUCUAGUGCAAUCAUGGGGAACGCAUCACUGGCUGUGGUGCGACAGAAAAUAUUGACUACCGUUAUUAUAGUUGAAGUCCUCUUUUCGAUUUCUGGCAAUAGGACUUUUUGGUGUAAAUAUUCUCCAUGAUUAAUCCAGCUAUGCAGAACUGCAGUGCCAUUUGGGUCACCUGGUUUCUUUUAGCUUUGUCACAAUUACCAACCGUUCUUACGUCAAGCACGACACAGCCUACACCCGAUCCUUCUGGCUAUGUAGCAUUCUGCCCAUGUAUGGGUCGCUUUGGAAACCAGGCAGAUCAGUUUCUUGGCUCUUUAUCAUUCGCGAAGGCUCUUAAUCGAACUCUUCUAUUGCCGCCAUGGGUUGAAUACCGCACCGGAGAGCUACGUUCCAUCCAAGUUCCAUUCAAAACUUAUUUCAAGGUUGAAGCUUUGGAGGCAUUCCAUCGAGUCUUGCCUAUCGAAACUUUCAUGGAAUUUCUAGCAGCUGACUUGUGGCCUCCAGCUAAUCGUAUUUCUUUUUGUUACCGUUCACGAAACAACAACGGCGACUGUGCUGCUAAACAGGGAAACCCAUUUGGCCCCUUUUGGGAUUCACUUGGGGUUGACUUUGUAGCCUCAGAAACAUAUGGACCACUGCAUUACGAUAUCUCUAACCACGAUGUUAUCGCCCAGUGGCAAGAGAGAUAUCCCCCUACUCAGUAUCGAGUCCUUGCAUUUACUGGGGCACCUGCAGCAUUUCCCGUACAGAAGCACAACCGUCAUUUACAGGGCUACCUCGAAUUUGCAGACAAUAUUGUGGAAGAAGCGAACAAUUUCAUUUACUACAUUCGUGAAAAUUACGCAGGUCCGUUUGUGGGAAUUCAUUUGCGCAAUGGAGCAGACUGGCGUAACGCAUGUGACCUGAUUAAGGACGCGCCACUACUGUUUGCUGGUCCCCAGUGUUUUGGUUACAGAGGGGAAAUCUUUAAUCCACCACUGGACGACAGAAGAAAAAUGUGUUUACCAAGCAAGCAGGACGUAGUCUUUCAGGUGGAGGAAGCCGUUCGUAAAUUAGGAGCUCGGUGGGUGUUUGUAGCAUCAGACCACGAUCAUUUGUUACCUGAACUCAAAUUUGUUUUGCAAAAAGAUAACAUCAUGGUUGCUCGUCUACCACGGAAUCGACCUUUGGUAGACCUAGCCAUCCUUUCGCGUGCAAACAUUUUUAUUGGAAACUGUUUCUCAUCAUUUUCGGCUUUCGUAAAAAGACAUCGCGACAUCGAAAGCCUACCUACUUUGUUCUGGGGACUAGGAAUCGAAGGCUCACGAACAAAUGAAUCGGUUGGGAGACGAGACGAACUUUAAUAUCGCGAACAUCGAUAAGGGACCAAAUCAUUCGGAGAUUACAUGCCCAAUGGAGGAUUUUUUGUUAAAAAAAUGAGAUGAAUCAGUCUACUUGUGGUACACACUUUUUCGUGUUGUGUAGUACAUAUCGGUAAAAAUUUCUAUUCAUUUUCUAUAAUGUGGAAAAUAUGCAAAUAUAGCGUUUACAAAUGAGGCUAGGGUUAAAUCAAAGCCGAUUUAAUACACGAAAAGUCAGAUGUACAAAGACUUUGUACAUACGCAGACAUUUUAUUACUUAUGCUUAGAUUGUUGAGGGAAUUCUGAAUUUUUAUUGUAUUAUGUAUUAUGAAACCCACCACACGUGACCAUCUAUAAAGCCAAUUAUUAGAGCGCUACUGCUUUAUCAGACCAAGAACCUUUGGCCCAGUUUAACUGUCUCUUGAUAUUAUUACAACUAAUGUGAAUUAGAAAGUUCAUGUUAAUCGUAAGGUGUCUAAAACCAAUUCACGCAAGGACACGCCUUCCACGCUUGUGGAGUUUCUUUUUUUAAGAAUAAGUCAAUUCUUUAGAUUUCUUAAAUAACGGCAUAUAAUUUGGUUAUCUAUGGUGGUAAAUUUCUCUUAUUAGUGUCCAUUUCUACCUAUAGUGAUAUAGUAACGAAAGUACUAUGCACUUUGAACUGAGAAGCUUCUAAAACUCCAUUUGCUUACUGUGUUUAGUCAUAAUUACAAGUACUACUAUACACUAUUAUUACAAAGGAAAUAAUAUUACUAACUAAUAUUAUAUUAUCAUAAUAUGUACAUAUGUUCUUGAUCGUAAAUUGUGCCAAACAUACAAUAAAUGUAUAACAGGUCAAUGUCGACAGCUAAAAUGACAAGUGCCUCAUGGUCAGAAAAACCAUUUUCUUAGAAAGUACUUUUGUAUUUGCUGCUCAGGUUGUUCGCUGACAUGCUGAUAUUUAGAUUAUCUGUGUUAAAGUGUACAAUUAGGUUCAUAUUAGGCAGAAAUGUAAUAAUUCACAUAUGUAUCAUUGGCGACACUUUGAGCAGCGCCCCCUACCGUUGGUCGGUACAAAUGUAAUGUUUUAUUGCUGUACUAGAAACAUAUAUACACUACGAGAGAGAAUACGAUGAUUUAAAGGUUUCUCUUCUUGCACAAGCUUCGCUUUAAAGUAUCUCACAACUUUCGACUCGUGACUUUCUCUGGACAUUAGUACGGAAGUUGUUAGCUGCGCUCUCUGUUAGUAAUAAUUUUCGAACUCAUUCGAAUGAGAAGCUUAUUAUUAGUAAACGACUGAUAACAAGCAUUCAAAGUUAUACCCCUGAGUACCUAAGAAAAAAUAUUUAUCGAUAAUUGCAUUAGAUUACUACGGGUUUUAUUGUGUAUGCGGUAAUGUUUAUUACAUGAAGAUUGUAGAGAUUUACAGGACUUGAUAUGCGUGCUUCCCAUCGUCUUAUGGACUUAGUACAAAUUAACAGAAAAAAAUUAACUUGAAAAAAAUACAAGCAUCUGUAUAACACCGUAUUGCGUCUACGUAGCAGAAUAUUUGAUAACAAGGCUGUUCCCAACAAGGUCCAACAGACAAACUAAUAGCGUAUAGAAAUUGUGCUACCAUAGGUAGACUUCUUUUUUCUAGGCUCAGUUGAUUGGAUUUAGAAAGAACCACAUAAAAUUACCCAAAUAUGUGUUUACUAAAGGAUUGUUCCCAUUGUGGAUUGCGUAGGUUAGAUGUAGAAAAGGAUCUACAAAAAUUGAAAUAUUCUGCAUCCAUGUAAUGAAUGGCUUUUUGAAAUUAUGAUUUUUGUUUAUUUUUCAUUAACUACACUAAUGAUCCCUAAAUGCUUAUCGUGCUAGGGCACGUCAAACCCAUCCUGAAAAUUUUGCGCAUCAAAAGAGCUAGCUUAGCUUCUGUAUUGCCCUCUGUUAAACAUACGCAUUUACGAUAAUUACAGUAUGUUCAUUCAAAGCGUUGUGUCUACGUUUAAUACACUUAAUAAAAUUUUUCUACAAAAGAACGCUGAAAGAGGUUAAAAAACAAUGGCUACAGCCAAAAGACAGCUAAUCAAAGACAUAACACGAGCCCAUGUAUGACUAAGGAAUUCACGAUUUGUUAAAGUCAGUUGCAUGGUACUUCCAGAAAUUAUAAGAGCUAAUUUACA